GGGUUUUUUUGUCCUCUUCCACACACAAAAGGGGUGCCUGGGGGGCUCCUUUUUGGGGCUGAACCCCAGCAGAGCAUGGGGAUGUCCCGUAAGGUCCCACACGUCCCCUAGCCACCCAGCUGUCCCCAGCUCACCUUGGCACCUUGUAGCAUUGGGAUUUCCUCAUUCCUAGACAUGAUUUGGGGUUGGUGGCCGUGUCCCCUUGCCCCGAAUUCCCUCUGUGCCCCCUUUUUCCCUUGUUCCACGCCAGGGGGUGGAGGAAACAGCGCUGAGGGAAGGCAGAAGACAUAAAACCAGGACAGGGACGGGGGGUGACAGAGACAGCAGGCUUUCCCCUGAGGAAACCAGUCCCUUGGGGUGACAAAGUGGUGCGGGACAGCUGCCAAAACCCGCAGGUCGCACCCAGAACCAGGUGUGGUGCCAGCCGGGUCCUGCGGGGCCACCGUGGCUGUUUGGGACCGGUCCCCUGGUGGCAGGGUGACGCGGGAGGCGUGCCGCUGUCCCUUCUGGUCUGGCUGCACCUGAGCUGAGCGGGCGCGUGUUGCAUCCCCCACGGGGGCUGGCACCCCUGGGGGCAGGGACGUCGCUGCCAUGCCGAGCCCCCCGGGAGACCCCGAGGGGCCCCCUCGGGACUGCGUCAUCUGCUUCGCCCCCUACGACCGCCUCUUCAAGCUGCCCAAAGCGCUGGCCUGCGGCCAUGUCUUCUGCCUCGAGUGCUUGGCCAGGGUCAGCAUUGCAGCCGCCGCCGCCCCCUUGCUCUGCCCCGUCUGCCGACGCCCUACAGCCGUGCCCCCCCGCCGCGGGCCCCCCGCUUUGCCCACCUGCUCCGACCUCCUGCCCCCCGACCUCCCCGCCACCCCCGGUGGCUUCGUCCACUUCGAUCGCCCCAAGGGGCUCCUGCUCUACGCCCCCCAUCCUGGCCGGGUGCCCACGGUGACCCUCAGCCUGGAGGUGGGGGGGUCCGAGCCUCCCCCAGCCCCUCCGGGGGGCCAGAGUGGGGUGCGGUGGCCCCUCUUCAAGGCGGUGGCCGUCGCCGUUGCCCUGAUGGUGGCGGGGGGCUUGGUGCUCUGCGGGAUCUUCCUCUUCUUCCUCCUGCCCGCGGCGUGCGAGGGGGGCAGCCCGGUGACAAACAGCACCUGGGGGCAGCCAGGGUGGCCCCCCUACUAACGGGGAACCCCCCCCCCCCCGUGGCGACAUCAGCAGCCCCCUCCCCAUUUUAUGGGGCUGGGAUGUCUUGGGGUGCCCCUCUUGGUGGGCAAUGGGUUCCUUGCAGACCCCCCCCCCAAACUCAUACCCUUGGCCAAAUGUGGCUCUGGGUUUUUUUUGGGGGGACACCUCCAGAUUUGGGGAUGUGUGUGGGGGGGACAACACACCAGCCCCCUUUCCCCUUUAUUAAAUUUUUUUCCCC